AAACCAAACCACUUUUUUGUAAAUCAACCCAUUAGUGCAAGCUUUCGCACAUAAAGUCUGGAUAUAAACCGCUUGAGGUGAGAAUUCAAGUAAUUCUCAGAAGAUGGGGAUAAGGAACUACCAUGGAGAUGAAACAAAUCUGUGCUUCCAACCACAUCCCCCAACCUUCAUUGAAUGGCUCAAGCCAUCAUCCUCUCCUUCUGCACCAUCCUUCUCUUCUCCUAUCUCUCAGCAAGUUCAUCAUCAGUUCACAAACCCCAUGAGCAUCUUAAAACUUCCCCUCUUUUACCAUGAACUACAGCACGAACCGGCCUCAGCCCGAGAAACGAUCCAGUGCCUGCCUCUUCUCAGUCGGCUCACCGAAAUGAACCCGGUUAAGGAGGAAGAAGACAGUGUUGGAGUGCGGGAGAGCAUUGAUGAGCCCAUCAGAGAAGAAAAGAUGGAUAAGGUCACAGUGGCCUUGCACAUUGGAUUGCCGAACACAGGAUCAGGCCGCGAGGUUGAGGCUCAGUCCUUGAAUUGCAAAGAAGUAGAGCCCAUGAAAAAGGGCUUUCAUGGCUAUUCUUUCAACAGCGAGAGUCGGUUUUGGAUCCCAACACCGGCUCAGAUCCUCGUGGGGCCGAUGCAGUUUGCCUGCUCCAUAUGCAGCAAGACCUUCAAUAGGUACAACAACAUGCAGAUGCAUAUGUGGGGGCACGGUUCAGAGUACAGAAAAGGACCGGAAUCUCUUAGGGGAACCCAACCAGCAGCAAUGCUGAGGCUGCCUUGCUAUUGCUGUGCUCAGGGCUGCAAGAACAACAUCAACCAUCCAAGAGCAAAGCCAUUGAAGGACUUCAGAACUCUCCAAACUCAUUUCAAGCGAAAGCACGGGGCAAAACCAUUCAUGUGCAGGAAAUGUGCGAAGGCUUUCGCAGUGAAGGGUGAUUGGAGAACGCACGAGAAGAACUGUGGUAAGCUGUGGUAUUGCACUUGCGGAUCUGAUUUCAAGCACAAAAGGUCACUCAAGGACCACAUAAGGUCAUUUGGAAAGGGCCAUUCUCCUCACCCUUGUCACGACGAAUUCGAUCAGGACGAGAAGGAGUGCAUCACCGGCUCCGAGGAUGAUUAAUAUUUAAGCCGCACAAGGGUUUGAUUUCUAGCAUGCAUUUUAGUUUGGUUGUGUUGUUAUUUAGUAUGGACAGAAGAAGUUAAGUACUUAGGUAGGUGGAGGGCUUAUCUAAGCUUGUGCUCAGUAACAAAAAAUUUUCUGGAAGUACUGCAUGGGUUUGAUGCAGGAAUAGCACAUAGGGAAUGGUUUGCUACGGAGCACUUGCUGGGCGAUGGGCGAAUAUUUACAAUAACUUUGAUUAGGUGGAUCGAUGGAUCCAUGGUUUGCUAUAAGUGAUUUGAUAAUAAGCUGAUUACCACAGGUUGUGAAGUAGAUGAAUUUUCUCUAGCUUUUUGCCACACAGCGGAGUGGCUGUCAUGACAUAUUGUUUAUGCCUUUGUAAUCUCUCCAGUGGGGAAAAUUUGUCCGCUUCACUGCUAACUGGUAAUCUUUAUAUAAAGUCCGGUAUUUGUUACUCUCUC